AUGAGGGCGGCUGCUCGGGUGGCGCUGUGCUUCCUUCUUCUGCCCGCCUCGGGUCUGCGGCUGCGGCGGCCGCACACAAGCCCGGCGAGGCCCGGGCUGCUCAAGCGGGUGGGCGGCGCCUUCGCGGUCGCGUCCGCGUCGAGCUCCAAGAAGACGACAAACUUUGCGGGCGUCGCGCUGAUCGGUGGCGUGAGCGGGUACUGCAUGUACGCGGCGUCGCGCGAGCAGGAGGAGGAGAAUGAGCGGAUUGACGAGGAGAACAAGCGGCUCGAGCAGCUGCAGUCGGACUUCCGCGUCGACAACUCCGUCUUCAAGGAUGACGACCUGAUGGCGUCGCUCAAGAAGCGGAUGGGGGACGGGGGUGGGCCGGACGGAAGCGACGGCGGCGGCGGUGGCGAGGGCGGCGGCGGGCCGCCGCCUCCAGAGCCAACAUCAUCGCCACCGCCGCCGACGGUGGGCGGGGGCGGCGGCGCGGCGGUGCUCGAGCCUCCGGCGCCAUCGCCGGCGGAGGAGGAGCCGCCGACCAUGGGGAGCGACGAGGAGGUGGAGAGGCUCAAGCGCAUGUUCAACCUCGGUGACGGCGAGUGAGGAGCGCUCAGCCGGAGGCGCGGCGGGCGAGGCCACCGCCGGCGGGGCAGCGGGGCGGGCGCGCCGCUUUCACCAGCGCGGCGCCGCUGCGCCGGCUUCCGGUGCUCUGUGCGGAGAGAAGGUUGAAGGGGGGGUAAGGGGGGGGGAGGGGGCCACGGGACGGCUCCCUCGCCCCCCGCUGCGGCACGGGCCGUGGCGCCUCGCAAGGUCUAGCGGCGGGCGGGCAGUGGUGUGGCAGUGUGGGAUGCACACAGGCCUGACCAUGCUCCGAGGCGUUGAGAUCCCUACCCGCUGUGUGCUGCGGCAUUCUGAGACCUCCUGUGACACAAGCAGGAUCCAUACGACCUCGAGGAACACUCGUACACACAAAUUUACCCCUCGAUCGCCCCGAUCGCCUCCGUCACCUCGGCAACUAGCCGCGACGCCUCCCCCUCGCUGCGCGGCCCGUCCCUCCGCCACCUCGUCGCGUCGUGGUGCCUCGCCGCGUUCGCCCAGAUGCGCAGCGAGUGCAGCUGGCUCCGUAGCUCGGUCGGCAAGCCGCACUCGCGGUGCCAGUAGUUGAUGCGCUCCUCGAAGCCGUCGGGCGCCGCCGCAGAGCGCGAGGCGUAGACGGCGUCGAGGCGCGGCAUUAGCGUGUUGAAGGCGAGCAGCAUGUUGCCCUGGAUGCGCGCCUGCGCGUCGCCGCCCGUGCGCAUGCCGCGCACCUGCACCGAGAGCGGCGAAGGCUCGUACCCGGUGGUGCGGGCGGCUGCUGCAGCGGCCUCGUCUCCAAAGGCCGGCGCAGCUUCUUCCACCCCCGCCCCGCCCCGCGCGCCAGACAGCAGCGCCCGGAGCGUCAGCAGCGCCUCGGGCAGCGUGGGCCGCUUGCGCAAGCUGUGGUGGCAGAGGCUCUUCUGCCCGUCCCCCGCCUGCGCGAGGUCCUUUACUGUGCGCGCCGCGUCGACUGGCCAGCCCGCAGCCACGUCGGCGAGCUUCACCGCGUCGAUGUCGGUCCAGUCCUCCUCGAACUCGUCCUCGCACCGGUCGGUGAGCUGCACCUCGGACCGGCUGGUGAGGC